AUGUCAUCAUCAGAUUAUUGGACAUUUAAUAGAUAUAUUGGUGCUAAUGUUGGAAUUGGACUUGGUUCGGUUGCCCUAACAUUUCUUGUUAUGCUUCUUUUAAUCCGAUUUUUCAAUAAUCUCUUUUAUCUUAUUGUCGAAAAAAUAUUUGGUAUUAAACGGUAUUAUUUAGAUAUCAAGGUUAAUAGUGAAGCCAAACAAAAAACUCAGAUACUCAAUUUAUACGGUAAACAUAUUGAUUUAGCCGAUCGUUCUCGUAUCAACCGAUAUAUGUUAUUUAUCAUCACUACUACGGCGAUCUCUGCUGUAUUAAUUGUUUUUUUCGAUGGAUGCCUAUUGGCUGCUGUCAGUAUCUAUCCUAACACUACUUGUCCAUAUUUUGGUACAAUGGACUGCUUCGUCUAUCAAUCUGAUGAUAAUUCUCCCUCUGUAAAAUUUGAAUGUUCAUCAGGUAAUUUAGCCAAUUUUAGUGAUUCAAGUGCCUGGUGUUAUAGGUGGAUUGCUUUAGAUCAAACAACAACUUCAAUUGUUAACCAAAUUGGUAUAUGUACGGGAUUACUGACAGCAUACGGUGCUUUUCUUCAAAUAUUUUUUCAAUUACUUGUUCCAAUUUUUCGUGAACAUAAAGGUAUUGCAUCGGGCAUGAGACGAAUAGCUGAGCCAAUAGGAAUUAACGCAUAUAGACGAAUUCGUUUUAAUCCAUUUCAAAAAUUUGAACAUCCAAAAUGGGUAAUUGCGUUUUUUAUUCUGUACAUUCUUUUUACUGGUGCAGUGAUAGGAGCCAUUGUUUUACUUUCAAAGUUCAAAAAAAGUAUAUCUGUUCUGACUUAUAUUAUAUUAGCAUCGUUAUCUAUAAUUUCGUACUUUUCAGUUCUCUUAGCAGCGGUUGAGGAUCCGAUACAAGCGCGUGGUGAUGAUGACAAAUCUGUUACUGUAUGUCAAAUUCCUGAUGAAGUAAAAUCAUCAUCCGAGAAGAAAAUAGACAAACAGCUCAAUUCCAAUAAAAUUGCACCAAUUUUAAAUGCACUGGGUUUCAAAAAAGAUAACUCUAGUUAA